AUGGAAACUUCCGAAAAUUUUGGAAACCAUGUUGUUGAACUCAAUUCUCAAAGUUAUGGAGAUGGUGAUAAUAAUGCACUAAAUUUGCCAAAUAUGCCAAAGAGAUGGAAGAAAAGGAGAGAUGGACAUGGUGAUACUAAUGCACUAAUUUUGCCAAGUAAGAAGAUGAAGAAAAGGAAAGGGAUGGAACAGGAGCGCGGUAAAGUCCAGUCAAAUAAGAAGCAGAGAUUGAGCAAAGCUCAGAAAAGGAAGCUAAAGAAGUCAGAGGAUGACAAGGGUAAACAACUUUUGAUGGAAAAAGCCAUUAUGACAUUAAAUGAGAACGUGCUUCCUGAGUACGCAUUUCCUCUUUUGCAGUCAUCAUGCAAUAUCAACCGGGAGGAGACUGUGAAGGAAAAGCGCAGGAGAGCGGUACAUUUAUUAAAAGAAGGAUUGGAGAUUCCACAUGAUAACAACCUGUCCAAGAAACAGGAUUUUCCAUGUAUAAAUGAACCCGAGUCAGAAGACGGAGAGAAUCAUUUGGUGCAGGAAUCUGAAGAAAAUGACUUCAUUCAACCUUUUAGAACUGAAAGAGAAAUCUUGUAUACAACAUCCACUCCCCUGGAGUCCUCUCAAGAACCAGUUCAUGGAAAUGAAGUUGUAAAUUAUGAAUCUGACAUUUCCACUGACAAGCAACCUGAUGAAAUCAGAAGUUCUUCUCCCAUUUCUCGUUCUAUUACCGAAAUAAAAAGCACAAAGUCAAAGGACAAGGCAGAUGAGAACCCCGCCACAAAUUUCAGCGAAUUGAGCAACCUUCUUAUACAGAGGCUUUUGACUACUCCUACUGUUGUCCAUGUGUCCAGGCCAUCCGAGGUUGAAGAGAAAAGAAAGGAUCUUCCUAUAGUCAUGAUGGAGCAAGAGAUAAUGGAAGCUAUAAAUUACAAUUCCAGUGUCAUCAUAUGUGGAGAAACUGGAUGUGGUAAAACAACUCAGGUUCCCCAGUUUCUUUAUGAAGCGGGCUAUGGUUCAAGCAAGUUCCAUGCCCGCAGUGGUGUUAUUGGUGUCACUCAACCACGUCGGGUGGCUGUUCUUGCCACAGCAAGGCGUGUGGCGUAUGAGCUUGGUGUUCGUCUAGGAAAGGAAGUUGGCUUUCAAGUUAGAUACGACAAGAGAAUUGGAGACAAUUGUUCUAUCAAGUUUAUGACUGAUGGCAUUUUGCUACGAGAAGUUCAGAAUGAUAUUUUAUUGAGGCGUUAUUCCGUCCUAAUUCUCGAUGAGGCUCAUGAGAGGAGCUUGAACACGGAUAUUCUGAUCGGGAUGCUCUCGCGUGUAAUUAGAACUCGCCAAAAGAUUUAUAAUGACCAGCAGAAGAUGAUCCUUUCGGGAGAAAGUAUAAGUCCUGAAAAAAUGGUUUUUCCAUUAAAACUUGUGCUGAUGAGUGCCACCUUGCGAGUACAAGACUUUACUUCUGGAAAAUUAUUCCACACUCCCCCGCCUGUGAUAGAAGUUCCUACGAGGCAGUUUCCAGUUACCAAGUAUUUUGCAAAAAAAACUGAGAUAACAGAUUAUAUUGGUGCAGCGUAUAAGAAGAUCCUGGCAAUUCACAAGAGGCUGCCAUCUGGGGGAAUACUUGUCUUUGUCACUGGACAAAGGGAAGUAGAGGACUUGUGCAGGAAGCUACGCAAAGCUUCAAAGGAGUUUAUCAUGAAAAAAGUUAAAGGACCUGCGGAAAAUGAUGGCACUGUGGUCCAUAAAACAAGUUCUAUUGAGGGAUUAAAUAUUAAUGAGAUUAGUGAAGCAUUUGAGGUGUCUGGAAGCUCAUCCGUCCAUCAAACUGAUAGGUUUAGUAGUUAUGAUGAAGAUGACAAUAAUUUUGAUGCGAACGAAUCUGAUUCUUAUGAUUCAGAAACAGAGAGUGAGUUGGAAUUCAAUGAUGAUGAUGAUAAUAAUCAUAAGGAUUCAGAAAACAAUAGUAAUAUUGUGGAUAUCUUGGGAAAGGAAGGAAGUCUUGCUUCAUUGAAGGCUGCUUUUGAAAGCUUGUCUGGGCAAGCUUCAGUGAGUACCGGAGAUGGUUUAGAUCCAUCAAAAGUUUGUAGGGAGAAAAUAACUAGAGAAAAUCAAAGUUCUUCUCCAGGUGCACUCUUUGUUCUACCGCUUUAUGCUAUGCUGCCCGCUGCAGCUCAACUUCGUGUAUUUGAAGAAGUUAAGGAGGGAGAGAGGCUUGUUGUUGUUGCUACAAAUGUUGCAGAAACAUCUUUAACAAUUCCAGGGAUAAAGUAUGUGGUUGAUACCGGAAGGGAAAAGGUGAAGAGUUACAACUCCUCUAAUGGCAUGGAGACAUAUGAAGUGAAAUGGAUAAGUAAGGCAUCUGCUGAUCAACGUGCAGGCAGAGCUGGAAGAACUGCAGCAGGGCACAGUUAUCGCCUUUAUUCUUCUGCAGCCUUUAAUAAUGAGUUUCCUGAGUUCUCUCCUGCUGAAGUUGAGAAAGUGCCUGUUCAUGGUGUUGUUCUUCUCUUGAAAUCCAUGAAUAUUAAGAAGGUUGCAAACUUCCCGUUUCCCACUUCUCUUAAGGCUGCUUCCCUGCUUGAAGCUGAGAAUUGCUUGAGAGCUCUUGAAGCACUUGAUUGUAAGGAUGAACUUACACUUUUGGGAAAAGCCAUGGCACUUUAUCCUUUGAGUCCUCGUCAUUCUAGAAUGAUCCUUACCCUUAUAAAAAAUACAAGGCACAAGCAUGUUCGAUGUUCAAGUCUGCUUUUGGCUUAUGCUGCUGCAGCUGCUGCUGCUUUGAGCUUACCAAAUCCUUUUGUAAUGCAAUAUGAAAGAAAUGAUAGCAGCGAAGGUUCAGAAAUGUCCAACAAAUCUAGCAUGGGAGACAAUGAGAACAAUAUUGAUAAAAAAGAAAAGACAAAGAGAAAGAAACUUAAAGAAACCUCUAAAGCUGCUCGUGAAAAAUUUCGAAUUGUAAGUAGUGAUGCCCUAGCCAUAGCAUAUGCCUUGCAGUGUUUUGAACAUUCACAGAAUUCGGUACAAUUUUGUGAAGACAAUGCAUUGCAUUUCAAAACCAUGGAUGAAAUGUCCAAACUUAGACAACAACUACUCAAACUGGUCUUUUAUCAGAGUGAUAAAGGUGGUUUAGAACAAGAGUAUUCAUGGACUCAUGGAACUCUAGACGAUGUGGAACGUGCUUGGCAAGUUUCUUCUGGGCACUAUCCUCUUCCUCUGGUUGAGGAAAGGCUCAUUUGUCAAGCAAUAUGUGCUGGCUGGGCAGAUAGGGUUGCUAAGCGUAUUCCAAUUUCUUCUGGGCCUGCUGAUGGAGAGACGACUUCUCGUGUUGGUAGGUAUCAAUCAUGCAUGGUUGAUGAAAGUAUUUUCAUUCAUCGAUGGUCAUCAGUUUCUACUGCACGCCCUGAGUUUCUGGUUUACAAUGAACUAUUAGAGACAAAAAGACCAAACAAAGAAGGGGAGACUAGUGCAAAGAGAGCAUACAUGCAUGGAGUAACGAGUGUCGAUCCAACUUGGCUAGUUGAGAAUGCCAAAUCUUCGUGCAUCUUCUCUCCGCCCUUGACAGAUCCCAGACCAUUUUAUGAUGCGCAGUCUGACCAAGUAAAAUGUUGGGUCAUCCCAACCUUUGGGCGCUUCUGUUGGGAGCUUCCAAAGCACUCAUUACCCAUUAGCAAUGUUGAGCUUCGGGUGCAGGUCUUUGCCUAUGCUUUACUCGAAGGUCAGGUGUGUCCAUGUUUGAAAUCUGUUCGAAAAUACAUGUCUGCCCCUCCAGAAAGUAUUUUGAGAAGAGAAGCUUUUGGUCAAAAAAGGGUGGGAAAUCUUUUAAGCAAGUUAGAGAGCAAGUUAAUUGAUAGCUCUGCCAAGUUAAGAAUGGUGUGGAAGGAGAAUCCAAGAGAAUUAUAUUCAGAAAUUUUGGAUUGGUUUCAACAGGGUUUUCACAAGCACUUUCAAAAGCUUUGGUUACAAAUGCUUGACGAAGUGCUACAAGAAACACAAGAACGACCCCAUAAGAAAAGUUUUAAAAGUAAGUCGAAAGGAAAAUCCAAAUCGCGUCAAUGA